UCACCAGGGUCUUUCCGGGGCUGGGUGGGGCGAGCAUGAGGACGCCUCCAGUGGCCGCCCCCCCGCCAGGAUGCGUCACUCGCCUCAGGCUUAUCAAAACUCCACCCGAGCCCCACGAACAUCUUUACUUCCUCUCUUCCCGGUAGCUGCCUCGCAGUCCCGCGCUGUGGGGCUCUCACGUCUAGCCUGGAACCGAGGGUGGCGCCGCGCCAGCUGACCUGCCGGCAGAGCGUCGCUUUCUUCCCACCCACUCUCCCGCGCUGCUGACUUUAUUUAAAUCUGACCCCAGGACCCGCCGGGUGAGGUCGGGUCUCGCGUCGCCGCUGCCCGAGUUGGAAAGCGAAAGCUCCGCAAACGGCACCGCCCGCGUCCGCCCCUGGGGCCGCCCGUAAGUUUCGAUUCUUCGCGAAGCGGUGUCCCGCGCUGCGGCCAGAGCCGCGGCAGCCAUAGCGCGCCAUGGCCGACCCCGGGGUAUGCUGUUUCAUCACCAAGAUCCUGUGCGCCCACGGGGGCCGCAUGACCCUGGAGGAACUGCUGGGUGAGAUCGCGCUCCCCGAGGCGCAGCUCUACGAGCUGCUCGAGUCGGCGGGGCCCGAUCGCUUCGUGCUGUUGGAGAUCGGAGGCCAGGCCGGGAUCAUUCGGUCGGUGGUGGCCACCACCCGAGCCCGCGUCUGCCGUCGCAAGUACUGCCAGAGACCCUGCGACAGCCUGCACCUCUGCAAGCUCAACCUGCUGGGCCGGUGCCACUAUUCCCACUCUCAGCGGAACCUUUGCAAGUACUCUCACGAAGUUCUCUCGGAACAGAACUUCCAGGUCCUGAAGAACCAUGAGCUCUCUGGGCUUAACCAAGAGGAGCUGGCAGUACUCCUGGUCCAGAGCGACCCUUUUUUUUUGCCUGAGAUAUGCAAAAGUUACAAAGGAGAGGGCCGGAAACAGAUCUGCGGGCAGCCACAGCCCUGCGAGAGACUCCACAUCUGCGAGCACUUCACCCGGGGCAACUGCAGUUAUCUCAACUGCCUCAGGUCUCAUAACCUGAUGGACAGAAAGGUGCUGGCCAUCAUGAAGGAGCAUGGGAUGAGUUCCGACGUGGUCCAGAACAUCCAGGACAUCUGCAACAACAAGCACUCCCGGAGGAACCCCCCUGCCAUGCGAGCUCCCCAUCCACAUCGCAGAGGCGGGCCCAGAGGUCGAAGCAAAAGCAGAGACCGGUUCUUUCAGAACAGUCUAGAACUUCUCCCAACUGCCUCACCUCCGGAAUCUGGUCCCCCCAGCCCAGAUGUCACCAGCUAUAAGGAUUCCCUGGAGGAUGUGUCUGCAGAUGUCACCCAGAAAUUCAAGUACCUGGGAACUCAUGACUGUGCACCGCUUUCCUCGGUUACGUCCAAGGCUGCGGGUCUCCGAGGAACCAGUCAAAUGGGAGCAAGCCUGAAGUUCUCAGAGAAUGGGGAUCCAGAUGGCUUGCUUUCCAGGAAUCGCUCUGAUUCAUCCCCAAGUCAAGCUGCCAGCGGCUUUCAUCUCGACCUGACACAAACACGUGAGGCCAUGACCAUGACACCGGGCAAGCUUUCCGGACACCGCGUGGAUGUCGAGGGCAAGAGCGAGACUCAAGACAGCCAGCGCGUUCCUUUUUUUGAUGGUUAUGCCGGUGGAGCGAAUCUGGAAGGAACAGCCUCGGGAAUUCUAAGUAACAGGGCCACAGCCAACGGUCUAGGAGAAAUGGCAUUGCCCAGCAACCAUUGGAAGAGUGCAGCUAACCCCCAGGAUCUGCAGACCGUUGGCAGAAUUGCCGACGGUGGCCAAGACUCGGCGUUCCUGAGUGGUAAAUAUGGAGGAAACACAGUCUGGGAUAGUAAAUCCACCCAUAAUGCACCAAGCAGCUCUAGUCAAAUGAUGAAUGAAACCUCGCAUGUGUCCGGAAGUGCCGCAGCCUCCGCCGCUGCCUCCACCACCACCGGCUUUGGCGUAAAAGCAGCAGUCACUGAAAGAAAAGAGGCAGCGUAUUCUGGAGUUCAGAGUCUGAGAAGCCAGGCCCUGGCGAUGCCUGAGAAGAUCACUGCCCCCGAACAGGCCAGCAGCCUGCCUCGGUCACCUCCGCCUUCUUCGAGCCCCAGAGUUGCAGCCUUUGGGACCCUUGGCAAGAACCCCGCACAUGCCUCUGUGAGCCCAGCCAGUGAGCUCUCAAGGAUGACCUCAAACUCUCCUGAGUAUCCCCUGUGCUCCUUCACAAGUCCUGCGUCCCCUAGGAUGGAUGAUCGUGACCCUAAGGAGAUCUGUCAGGACCAUCUGUAUAAGGGCUGUCAACAGAGCAGCUGUGGCAAGCACCACUUCCACCUACCCUACCGGUGGCAGGUGUACCUAGCUAACGUGUGGAAGGACUUCCAGGACAUGGAGAACAUCGAGAAGGCCUAUUGUGAUCCCCAGUCCGAAGUCAUUUUGGUAGGAAAGCAUCAGAUCAAUUUCCAGAAAAUGACUUGUGAUUCUUAUCUCAUCCGCCGCCUCUCCACGCCUUCAUCUGUGGCUCAGUCGGCUAAGUCUGUCUUCAGCACCACAUGGCUUUGGUAUUGGAAGAAUGAAUUUAACCAAUAUGUACAGUAUGGGGAAGAGAGGAAAGGCCAGCCCAGUUCCAACAUCAGCUCUCCGUACCUGGAGUCUUUCUUCCAGUCCUGUCCCAGGGGAGUUAUGCCGUUUCAGGCUGGUUCACAAAACUACGAAUUGAGCUUCCAAGGGAUGAUCCAGACAAACAUAGCGUCCAAGACUCAAAGGCAUGUUGUCAGAAGGCCAGUGUUUGUUUCGUUGAAGGAUGUGGAGCAGAGGAGAAGAGGUUCAGACCUUCAGCCAGUGAUACCCGAGCCGAAGAUUAGCAUCAUUCCUUCCAGCGGAUACGAGUUGUUAGAACUCAAUAGCCAGGAUGUGGAGUAUGUCAAAAUAAGCGAACUUUUUAAAGCAUCCAUGAAAAAUUUCAACAUUGCAAAGAUAAAGAGGAUAUGGAAUCAAAACCUCUUGGAGACUUUUGAAAGGAAAAUGCUAAUGAUGAAGAAUAAAAAUGAGAUGCUCCUGUUUCAUGCAACAUGCCGUGCUCAUGUGGAUUAUAUCUGUAAGAAUAAUUUCGAAUGGAUCCUACAUGGAAAUCGGGAGACCAGAUAUGGCAAAGGAAAUUACUUUGCAAAAGAAGCCAUCUAUUCCCACAAAAAUUGUCCAUAUGAUGCAAGAAACAUUGUUAUGUUUGUAGCCCGAGUCCUGGUUGGAGAUUCCAUUGAAGGAAAUAUGGCAUACAGUAGGCCUCCUGCGCUCUAUGACAGCUGUGUGGAUACCAGGUUGAAUCCCUCCGUCUUUGUCAUCUUCCAGAAAGAGCAGAUUUACCCAGCAUAUGUGAUUGAGUACACGGACCCAGAAAAAGAGAAAUCCUGCGUCAUUAGUUAGGAACGAUGUAUACUGGCGCCGAAACCAUCCUAUUGACCUCUAGGACCAAAUCAUCCCCAGGCAGUAGACUUCUGUAUUUCCUUGCCAUGUUACCUAACGUCUUAAAGCAGCAGUUCUCAAACUUUUUGUCACCAGAUUCACAGGUCCCAGGUUGUACCCCUACAAGGGCCAGGCAGUGCUUUUUGUUAACACUGCACGCGCCCCCCCCCCACCUUUUCAGAGGUUUUGAAAAGUUUGUUUUGUCUUAACUUGACCAGUCAGGCUGGUUUCUACAUUGCAAUCUACUUCCAUCUUUUUCAUCUACUCUUUGGUUUUAUUGUGUAUGUAACAUUGUUUCAGUUUGGGAAAUUGGAGAGAAAUGUACUAAUGCUUAUUGAAAUAGGGACAUAAGAUAUUGCAGCUUUGGGCAGAAAACUUGCUGAAGAAAAAAGUUUAAGAGUUAAAUUUAAACGCUAUUGAGAGACACAAAAGCGGUAUGCAAUACUAUAUAUUAUCAUGCGAUGAAACUGAUCUGAGGAGCACAUUUCUUUCUCUUUGCAUUUGCUUAGAAGACAGACUCCAUGAAGUUGGCUCUGAAAUAUAAUGAUAAGAGACCUCAAGUACAGUUCAGAAGAACUAACUGGAGUUAAUUGUCCAUUUCGGCUCUUGGUAUCCAUGUUCUAAUUCAUGUGAUUACAGAGAAAGCUUCUUGAGGUCAGGCUUUCAUGGAAUCAUCCGGAUUUUAGUAAGAUUAAGUUGCAGAACGGAUAAACCCGAGUGCUAUUGGGAUUCGCUUAGGGUGACAGAAAAGGGUCACCAGGACCCAGGAAAGGCCAUGUUUGAAGGCUGGCCCUCGUAAGGAGGCGGGACUGGUUUGCUGGUGAGCACAGAGAGUGCAGAGGAAACAGCGCCCCACAUGGGCCUUUACCUGCUACCACAUCUGUUCGAAAACCGCAGAUGUGUUUUUAGAGCAGUUAGGACGCCUCGGCCAGUGUUUUCUUUCUUAUUUCUGAUCAGGGCUUUCCUUCCAAUCCCCCUUUCUCAACAUUCUGUACCAGUUACCACAGUUUCUGUUACGUUCCUUCCAGCAGACAUGGUCGGCAUUAAUGGGCAUUUGGGCAGAUUUUACACUUCGGAGGUCUCCACCAGUAACACUGUAUUGAGAAUUGUUUAGAGUGGGAUUCUUUUCUGGGGUGCUUGCCACAAUGUUUUUUAAUUCACUGAUUUUUCUUUUUUUUCCUCUCUGACAUAGAUCUUAAUACUGUAGACAUGCAAUUUAUCCCACUCCUCAGUAAGCUAACUUCUGGUUGGAUAUUUACCAGCUAUCUCUGGUUCAACAGGCCCAAAAUGACCACUCUGUUUGCUGCCUUCAAAGGGAUCAGUUCAUGGUAUGGUUGUGCCCCGCCCCCCAUCCCCCCCCCACCCCCAUAAACAGUAUUACCUGCUCCCUGCUAUGCAGAAGCUGAGUUCAUCCCAGGCUCCUAGCCUCCCCCAACCACUUACACAUGGCAGUCGUUCCCAAGUCCAUUUUUACCUCCCCCGUACAGGCCACUCUGGUGUCCUUGCAGUUCUUGGUGACUUUUGCAUCUAAAUCAGUGGUUCUCAGUGAAUUGUUCUGUUGGGUCACACACACACACACACACACACACACACACACACACACACACACAGCAGUAUCCUGUUUGUUUAAUCUCCAAGGUGCAAUUCAGAUAUAGUCUCCAUAUGAUUCCAUUAAUUAAAAAAAUUAAAGUUAAUAUAAUUUAAGAGGGAAACCAAAGGCCCUAACUCCGGCACGACUUUACAGUACUAAGACAUAAUGGAGUCGUUAGAUGCCUACAUUUACCAUGAGUCAGGAUGAGCUCAGAAGAAAGGAAUUGGAGAAACAUGAAAAAGCAGAGACAGAUGUGAACAUUCGAGCAAAAACUAACGGUACAAGUCAUCUGCAAGUGUCAGGACCACCUGUACAUGGUAAGAACGAAAUACCUUCAUUGAAAUAAAGAUACUGCACAAAAGAACUUACAGAUCGUGAGACAGAGAAUGAAGAGAUACGUUCUUGCAGACGAGCUGUAGGUCAUACGUGAAUGUCUGAUGAGACAUUCAAAACUCGAAUAGGGCGCAGAAUAAUUUCUUAUUGUGAGUAACUGCCCAAUGUAUCAAAAGAUACGUAGUUGGCUCUCACAUGCUCAAUGCCAGUGGCGCCCUCCCCCCGCCCAAUCAUGACAACCAUAGACCCUACUAGACCUGUUCAUCCUUCUAAAGGUUGACCUUUUUUUUAUAACAUCUUGAGAUGAUUUACAGGUAAUACAGUCUAUACAUGAGUUUAUUAAAACUUAAUUUAGUGCCCUACCUGUUUUAUGAUGGAAAUGAAACAUAGAAGGUCAGAACUUGGCAAUGGACACACACUGAGUUUCAGUAUGUAAGUGCUCAGGCAUGACUUCAUGUUGUAGUCUUUGAAAGAGUUGUUAACUCUUAUAGGUUUAGGCUUAAGAGUCCAGCAUGGGCAACUUCCUGAAAUGAAUGAAGUACAGGAAAGUGAAAGCUUGAAGGGAUGUUGACAGACAGCAUUAGGGUACGCCAUAGCAGACCAUAGGGAAGGGCGGAAUCACUUCAAUUCAAAUGAUAAUAAGACAGGACAGAUUACUACAGUUUGUCUCAGGAGAAACCAAGUGUUCCCUCAGACAAACUGUAGGUCCUGCAUAAAUGUCCAAGAGGACAUUAGACAGUCGCAAAGGUGCCGAACAGUUUGUGUGUGGGACUGAUCCUUCCACACACGGCGGGACGCUUGUCCUGCCUCAGAUUGCAUCUACUCAGUGCCGGGAAUAACUCAGAUACAAACCCAACAACCAUCAGAACCACUGACCUCGUUAGUGGCAGCACUCUGGACCAAUUCAGUUGUACUUCCGUCCUGUUUUACUGUGGGAUAAGCAGAUCUUUGCUUCACAAGCCCCUGGUUUUUAAAAUGCUUUGUGCCUUGGUUUUUGCCUAUCUGUAUCAGCCUUGUUUGCUCAAUAAAAAGGAAAUAAUUUGCUUCA